AUGACGUCUCCCCUGUGCUGGGCGGCGGCCUCCAACGCCAUACCUUCUCAGGACCAAAUUGCAGCCCCCUCCAAAGUCAAGGCCACUCAAGUUCAGCUCAAGCCCUACCACUCUCGAGGCAAGGGCUUGGUGCCUGUCUGGCACUCACCUCAUUCCAAGACAGGACCCUUCCAUGCCAGCGAGGGGAAGUCCGCUGUGAACAUGCAGGUGGCUGAGUUACAAAGGAAGAUACAACUGUUAGAGGGUGACCGGAAGGCCUUUUAUGAGAGCACCCAGUGGAACAUCAAGAAGAAUCAGGAGACCAUUAAUCAACUCCGAGAGGAGACCAGGGUGCUGCAACUACAGUUGACAGACCUGCUCCAGGGAGAUGAAAAAGUGGUCCAGGCAGUGAUUCGAGAAUGGAAAUCAGAGAAGCCGUACCUGAAGAACAGGACAGGCCAGCAAGCCCUGGAGCAUCUGGACUACCGGCUGAACGAAAAGGUGAAGCAACUGAAUGCUCUCCGGCACCAGCUGGGACUGCGGCAGAAGUGGUUGGAGGAGCUCCAGCUGCAGCACAGUUUGCGCAAGCUGGAGAUAACCGAGGCACAAGACAGCAACACCGAGGUGGCCAAGACCAUGCGGAACCUGGAGAACCGCCUGGAGAAGGCCCGGAUGAAGGCAGAGGAGGCUGAACACAUCACCAGCGUGUACCUGCAGCUCAAGGCCUACCUACAAGAGGAGAGCCUUCACUUGGGGAACCGGCUGGACUUUAUGGAGGCUGAGGUGGUGAGGACGAAACACGAGCUCGAGGAACUGCACCUGGUGAAUCAGGAGGCACUCAAUGCCAGGGACAUCGCCAAGAACCAACUGCAGUAUCUAGAAGAGACCGUGUUCCGAGAGCGCAAGAAGCGCGAACGCUACCUAACCGAGUGCAAGAAGCGCGCGGAGGAGAGGAAACUGCAGAACGAACGCAUGGAGCGCAAGACCCAGCGUGAGCACGUGCUGCUGCAGUCAGAAGACACUCUCCAGGACAGCAUGCACUCCAAGGAGGAGGAGCUGAAGCGGCGGUGGAGCAUGUACCAGAUGGAGGUGCUCUUCGGCAAGGUCAAGGACGCCACUGGCGUGGCAGAAACGCACGCAGUGGUGCGGCGGUUCCUGGCUCAGGGUGACACCUUCACGCAGCUGGAGAUGCUUAAGAGCGAGAACGAGCAGACGCUGCUGAGACUGAAGCAAGAGAAGCAGCAGCUGCAGCAGGAGCUGGAAGACCUCAAGUACUCAGGGGAGGCUCUGCUGGUGAGUGAGCAGAAGCAGCAGGCUGAGUUGCAGGGGCGCCUCAAGGUGGAGGAGCAGCGGCGUGCUGAGGCGCAGGAUCAACUGGACCGAACCAGGAGGGCCUUGCAAAUGACCAAGGAGGGCCUGGAACACCUGGCCGGCAAGCUGAACCACAUCCCGCAGGAGACGGGACGGUCUGUCGGAAAGGAGCUGGAUCCCAAAGUAGAUGACUAUCUGCCCAACCUGCUGGGCCUGGUGGAGGAAAAGCUGUUGAAGCUACAUUCGCAACUAGAGAACCACAACGUGCCAGAGAUGCUGCGCCACAUCGUUGACCGCGAGUUCUACGCCACCCUCGAGGGAAAACUGCCGUCGUACAACACCCGCAUCCCUCUGCCUGCCGCCGGUCACAAGGACAAGUUCUUCGACGAGGAGGAGAGUGAGGAAGAUGACAGCGACGUGGUGACCCGUGCGGCGCUCAAGAUGCGCUCCCAGAAAUUAAUCGAAUCCCGCAGCAAGAGGCGCGGUCGCUCGCGGAGGUCCUAG